UGUUUUGUUCUCAUAUUAAAUUCAAUCUUUAUUAAAUUAGAUUACUCCAUCAGGAAUAAUAAGACCAUCAUCAAAAUUAAUUCAUGUUAAAUUUGGUUAUCCUGUAACAUUUCGUUCAUCAGAUUUUUAUGCACCAAGUUUAAGUAAUGCAGAAUUACGCUUUCGUGAAGAAUCAUUUGUUAAUGAUUCAAUUCGUUUUGCAAAUCAAAAUUCUCAAUUAUCAGUUAGUCCAUCUUAUGAAGCAUUUGAUGAUCCUAAUUUAAGAAAUUUCUUUCAAUCAUCAAUAGUAUUAGAUGUUGUACCAAAUACAUCAUUAACAAGUUUUCCAACAAAUAGUAGUAUUCAUUUUCAACGAAAAAAAAAUUCUCGUUUAAAAAAUAAAUCAAAACUCUUAACACCAAUAGCAACAUCAUCUCCUAUAAGACAUGCAACUGAAGCAACAAGUGAUAUUGCAGCUGCUUCUAGUGUAUCUCAGGAAUGA